GUACGAAUUGUAUGCAAUAGUGACAGUAAACAACCACAUUGAGUUGUAUUGGUGUGGUUACAUUACUUCUCCCUUGCUUCGUUCGAAUUCGUCAGCUUCUAUUGAACAAAUUUGUUUGUUUCCAGGCGGCAUAUUCGAUUCGUUAUGUGAUGUGGACGCCCCAUCGGGUGCACGAAGCCGAAGUCCCGUCCGAUGCACGAAGACACAAAGCACAAUGUCGUCAACGCUAAUUUACUUCGUUUUGUUUUGGUUCGACUUUCUCGAACCGGACCCACUUGUUUCGGGUUGGGUUCGGUUUGAUUCGAGUCGGUUUUCGGCACGUCGGCAAGCCCGGGCGGUACGUCCACAUUUAGUCGGCUUUACCGGGCGGCCAAGGCCGAUUGGCGUAAUGUGGGCGCGUCUUAAGAGUCCCGCAGACUGCAGACUGAUUUGUCGACCGAUAGUUUGGUCGGCUUCUUAAUCAGUAUGGAGAGCUGAUAUGGAGCAUUAAUCCACAAUGCUGUGAUAGCGAAACGAAGUGCAAUAUUCAGGGCACACCAUCUGCUGUUCUUGCCAAACGCGAGCAACUCAUCUGUAUCAGGGGGAGCUGUGCAAUCAAUUACAUAACGAAGAAGUGAAUAGCGAAUUUGUUAUCAUCGUAUACCAUUCGAGGAACAACAAUCAUGUGCUGGUCAAGUUGCUCCGAUUUACAGCGGAAAAUGGUAUCGUUUGGCUGUUCCGCCUUUCUAAUACUUUUCGCCAUUGUACUGGGAACAUUGUGGCCAUCGCUGUCUUCCAAAUUACUACACGACAAAUUUGUGAUCAAAAAUGGAUCAGUCAACUACCAGAAUUGGAUAAAAACACCUAUUCCAAUGUAUUUAGAGGUAUAUCUAUUCAACUGGACUAACCCGGGUGAGUUGCACCAGUACCCAAAUGUGAAGCCAUAUUUCGAAGAAGUUGGGCCGUAUGUUUUUCACGAGGUGCACGAACGAGUGAAUUUGAUUUGGAAUCAAAAUAACACGGUGACGUUCAAUCAGCGGCGCACAUGGCACUUCGAUCCAGAACGGUCGAAAGGCUCGCUCGAUGACACGGUCACCAAUCUCAAUGUUAUUUCGUUGAAUACUGCAUAUUUCAUGCGUGACAGAAGUACUCUUGUGAAGUGGCCAGUUGAUCUGGUUCUUGAGGUGGAUGGUUCGCUAGUAUGGCAUGAUAAAACGGUUCGCGAACUACUAUUUGACGGGUUUGAUGAUCCAUUGCUGGAUAUCUUGAAAACGCUUAACACAACUGUGAAUAUUCCUUUCGACAAAUUCGGCUGGUUUGUCAAUCGUAAUCUUAGUGAUACAUAUGAUGGUACAUUCACUAUGAAGACGGGAGCGGAUUCGCUAGAGAAUGUAGGUCUAUUAACACUCUGGAACGGCGCCAGUAACACGGAAAUGUAUCGAGGACAGUGUGGAAAAGUCAGAGGAACAACUGGUGAACUUUGGCCGGUUAGCUAUAGCAACAAAACUAACGUGACGCUGUUUGCAUCGGAUGUGUGUCGUUCGAUAACCCUCCAAUAUGGCGAAUCGAUGUCAAUUUAUAACGUUCAAGGCACUAAAUAUGUAGCAAAUGAACAAGUUUUCGACAACGGAACAGAGUAUCCAGAAGCUUCUUGUUGGUGUAAUUCUCUUCCUGAACAGUGUCCCGAUUUAAAAUCAGGAGUAUUCAACGCUUCCGCCUGCAAAUAUGGCUCGCCAACAUUCGUGUCAUAUCCUCAUUUUUAUCUUGGAGAUAAGAGUUAUUCGAACUCUAUAAAUGGUAUGAAACCUAACAAAUCGAAGCAUGAGUUUUACAUUGCUUUGGAACCGCACACCGGAAUUCCACUGGAUGUACGGGCUCAAUUGCAGAUUAAUAUGCUCCUGCAACCCAUAAAAGGUUUCAAAAUGUACGAAAAUGUUCCUCGCCUAAUGAUACCGAUGCUGUGGUUCACACAAAGAGCAACUCUGACCCAGGAACUAGCAAAUCAAGCUAAGAUCGCUCUAAUUCUACCCGAGCUUGGAGUAUACAUAGCAAUUUUCCUGGGUACCAUUGGAGCUAUAUUGGUGGCAGUGUUCACGUACAUAAGCAUUCGCAAAUGGAACACUCGUGUGCCGUAUGAAGAAUUGCUACGGUGAAAUGUCUAUUCCAAAUGACAUUUUCAUCAUUUGCGCGGGUGUUGGAACGAAUUGCCAAAUAAUAUUGUUUAACAGUGCCUUAAUGUCACUCAUGUACACUUUACGAUUAGGGUAAUGAUUGACAAGUCUGCUUUGGCAGAACUAUAAAUUUUCCUCUACACUUCCGAAUGUUUGUUAAAAAUUAUUCUAAUCUUUUUUACAUAUUUUAAUUUCCCGCAAGUAUGUGUUUUAAUAGCCACACCAAAAAUAAUAGCUAGGAGAGAAAGAUUGAUUAGCUCGGAUGGUUUAGAUAGAUUUUGUUUAUUUCUACAGUUGAUUGUAUAAAUGAUAUACAAGACACACUUCAUCAGUGUAGCUAAGUAUGCAUUCAUCUGUAAUACAUAAAUUCUAAACUGUAGAAAUAAAUCACGUCUACUCGCUUUUAGCUUCCAUGCUGAGAUUUACUGAUAGUUUCAAA